AUGGCUGGUUUGAUGCAUAUGUCUGUGUAUGUUGUCACUUUUGAUGUUCCAACAUUGGUCAUUGUUUGUAGCGUUGUCACACUGAUCUUCUUCAUCUUCUAUCAAAUUUUCUAUGGUUUAUUCUAUUGGUUCAUGGAAAUGAGGCCUAAUGAAUUGCAUGAUCUUGAAGAAGGAACUCAUCUAGCUUCUUAUGGUGCAUCUGGGUCAUCUCAACGUGUUACAAUCUUUCAUGCUCUUGUCCUUGGCAAUUUGCAGGCUUGGACGAUGGUGGCUGCAUUGGAAGGAGAUUUUGAUGAGAAUAGAGGGCAAAAGCUUAGAGCUUCUAAGAAAUUGCCUCCAUUGGUGAACUAUGGAAAGCAUGAGGCAAUAAGAAGUUGUAAUGAGUGUGCAAUUUGCUUGGAAGAUUUCGAUGUUGAUCAGUUCUGUCAAGUUUUUCCUGUGUGCAAACACAUUUUUCAUUCAGAUUGCAUUGACCACUGGUUGCAGAAGAAAUUAACAUGUCCAAUAUGUCGUAGUAGAUGCAUACAAGAUUAG